UUUAUUCAACAUGUUCAGCAGAACUGUUCAUAAUUAUUUACACGUAUCCUUUUAGAGGCUUGAUUUGUACAGUCGACUCACAAGUGGUUUCAAGGCUGUGUUACUGUUAUUCUAAUGACAAAUGAAGUUCUUUUACAAAUGCAAACUAAGAAUAAAAAAACUGCACUGGCGAGAAAAUUUGAAAUGGGACCUUUUUCCCUCUUAAAACUAGUUGAAUAGAGUUUUAUUACCUGCCAGAGAACAGAGUACAUUAACAUUAAAAAUAUAUGUAUAUUUCAUCGCAAAUAUGAUUAAAAAAAACACACGAAACAGGAUCAACUUGUGAACGUGCAGGUUGUGGUUUAUAAAGAGGCUUAGGUUAUGAUCCACUCUGUUGUGCAAUGAACAGCAACUGUGUGUUUUUAGAUUGAGGGAUGCGACAAGUUUAUAUCGUACAACAAUAAGAGAAUAACAAAGAGUACACACAGCAGAUGACCAAAAUAGCAUUGUAGGUGACCUGUGAAGGGAUUCAAAUUGUCCACUUAACUGACUCUGGUUGGCUUUUCUAAUAAAAUAUGCUUUCUGAGACUGUAAUCACAGACAAGGAACCACUACUUACUUGCACUUGGAUGGAUGAUAUACAGUCAGGUCCAUAAAUAUUGGGACAUUGACACAAUUCUAACAUUUUUGGCUCUAUACACCUGUCGCCAGUACAAAAGCAAGUCGCCGUCCAUCCAGGACAGCAAGACACAUGACCGAGAGUGGGAGAGAGAAAGGGAGGGCGACCGGCCACGCUCCUCGCCCUCGCAGCACAUCAUGCAGUCCCAUCACCACCUGGGAUACCCUCUGUACGACCUGUCCUACCCCUCAGGCCUCUCAUCCUCCUCCAUCGUCGCCAGUCAGCAAGCGUCCGCCCCGUCCUUGUACCCGCCCGCACGGAGGCACACCUGAUUGGUCAGCCUCUACGCCUCUCCGAGUAAUGUGACUGGAUCACGUGAAGAAGCAUUUCUGUUUCUGUGACAUCAGUUCAGUGGUGUUCUGUGUAUGUUUGAUAUGUGUGCCUGGACGUCCAGCCAACUGCUCCGACCCUCGCUGGACCGGAUCCUGGUCCCUUUGGGUUUUGCUGGUUCUGGGCGGUCCCGUUGGCCAACAGGUGCUGCUGGGAUGCAGGUGGGCAGAGCUCACAGUGACGUACCUGCAGGGACGACUGGGUGACCUCUGACCUCUUUCAGAAGGAUGGGCUCAGCUCCGGAUGACAUCACACCGUUACCUGGAUGCGUCUCAGCUUCACGUGAAAUAAAGAGAACACUGGAUGGAGGAGGGCCGGCCAAUCAGAGGGCAGUAUUCAGUAUGCUUCCUUGUACUGACUGAGUGACAGGCUCCUCCUCCUCAGUGUGUAGCUGUAAACGUGCUCUGUGUGUGUGUGUGUGUGUGUGUGUGUGUGUGUGUGUGUGUAAAUAUUGUACAGAGGAAUUAUUUUAAAGAGCCUGUUGGAUGAUGUUGGAUUUCCUACUCUUCUUUUUGUCUGGUAGUCUCUGCCUCUGUUUUUCUACUGUUGUUGAUCUGAUAUUAAACCUGUAGCUGGUGGAGCAGCGCUCGA